GCCUUGUCAGUUUCCUCUAUUUAGUGUUGCCCAGUACGUAUAAUAUCCAUUGUAUAUUUAUUAUUAUUCGUCCUUAUAAGCGAAAACCCGAAGUGAUCGGGGACCAUUGCCAGUAUUUAAGUGUUAUACGCGGUCGUACUUUUCGCAAUUAUCAAAAUGGCAGGUGCUACAAUGUUAGCGCGCAUUAAUAAGCCGUCAGACUUCGCCAUGCAGAAAGUCGAAACGGAACACGACAGGAUUAUGGCACGCGAGCAACUAAUCCUUUCGCAGGGUGAACUGUUAAAGAAAGAAGGUAAGGCCAAAGAAUUGGCCGCUCUAAUUAAGGAGACUAGACCUUUUUUGUCCGAAAUCAGUAAGGCAAAGGCAGCCAAACUAGUGCGAUCCUUGGUUGACCUCUUCCUGGAUCUCGAAGCAGGCAUUGGCAUUGAAUUGCAAUUGUGUAAGGAGUGUAUAGAAUGGGCCAAGGAAGAACGACGAACAUUUCUCAGGCAGUCCCUGGAGUCCAGAUUGAUGGCCCUGUACUUCGAUUCUGGAAUGUUCAAAGAAGCUUUGCAACAUGGCUCUGUAUUGUUGAAAGAACUGAAAAAAUUGGAUGAUAAAAAUUUGUUGGUUGAUGUUUUAUUGUUGGAAAGCAAAGCUUAUCAUGCUUUGAAUAAUUUGUCCAAGGCUAGAGCCUCUCUAACUUCUGCUAGAACAACUGCAAACUCUAUUUAUUGCCCGCCCAAAAUGCAGGCUUCUCUUGACUUGCAAUCUGGAAUCUUACAUGCAGCCGAUGAGCAAGACUUUAAAACUGCUUAUUCUUACUUUUAUGAAGCUUUUGAAGGAUUUGACAGCGUAGACAGUACAUCUAAAGCACUCAAGGCUUUAAAGUACAUGCUUUUGUCAAAGAUUAUGUUAAAUAAUGCAGAAGAUGUGCAACAGAUUGUAAGUGGAAAAUUAGCAUUAAAAUAUACGGGUCGUGAUGUAGAAGCAAUGAAGAGCAUUGCAAAGGCUAGUCAUAAAAGAUCUUUAGCAGAUUUUCAAAUUGGAUUAAAUGAAUAUAAAAAAGAAUUGGAAGACGAUCCAAUUGUCAGAGCACAUUUAGAUACACUUUAUGGAAAUAUGUUGGAACAAAAUUUGUGUAGAAUCAUUGAACCAUACUCAAGAGUACAAGUUGAGUAUGUUGCCAAAUCAAUAAAUUUACCAAUGGAAAAUGUUGAACGAAAACUUUCACAGAUGAUAUUGGACAAGAAGUUCCAUGGUAUUUUAGACCAGGGUGAAGGCAUUCUUAUAGUAUUUGAAGAAGCGGAAAUCGAUGAAACUUACGAAUUAGUUUUAGAUAAUAUAAAUAGCAUGAGCAAAGUUGUUGAUACCUUGUAUCAGACUGCUAAAAAAUUAACAUAAAAAGUGAACUAACAAAUUAUAUCAAAAAAUUAAAAAUUCUUUGUAUUUCGAGUACAUAAUAUUUCUUUUGGAUAAUAUUAUUAAAUAAAUGAACUUGAGAAGACAAAAUAAAAUAGUACUAUUUAUUUUCAAUUAGAUUACUGGAUUUUAGGGAUAAAUAGAAUCAGUAAUUAAAUAUUAAUCAUCAAAAUGUAUGUGCAGGCUUUAUUUUUUACAACUUGUAUUUUAUAAAUUUAUAAUCAACACUCAACAGUUUAUUUUCUUUGUAAAUAAAAUUAUGUACAUUAAUACAAUGAUUAAUAAUAACUACUAAUCAUUAAUUAUACUUGUUUUCAUUACUUAUUAUUUUAUAGGAAUAAAAAUGUAUAUCUUA